UGUUCUGUGAAAAUUACUAAUAACAUGCAUAUUUCUCUGUAAUGUGGUAAAGCUACUGAAAUUAAUGAAAACAAAUUCCGACGAAAUCAAAACAAAUUUGCUUAUGAGACGAUCACCCUGGAUGAAAAAGCUCACUAUUGCGGCGCUGAUGAGCUUCAGGUUAACUACUCCAUAAAUCCAACGUUUGUGAAAAAUAAAUAAAGAGAGCAAGAAAGAAAUAGUGGUGUUAUUGCCGGUCCGGUGGGGAAACUGUCGGCAUUCAUGUAGGAAUUCCACUUUUAACAUUAGAGAUUGCAUGUAGUGAUAAGGAGUUGAGCCAUGCCGGCUUACUUCAGAAACUAAUUUUUUAGAAUACAAUUACAUGGUCUGCUAACUUUUUGUGGUAUUGGAGAAGAUCGUUAUCACUUCAACCAAAGAUCUUCCACUUAUUGUUUAUAAGCAAUGAUUUAAAAUUGAAAAAUACAAUACUUAUUUCGUUGAUUCGGGCUGAAUUUCUGGAAACGUUACUAAUGAUGACAGAAAAAAUACGCUGUAAUCAAACGAACGGUCCAUUUCCCCGGAGGGUGUUAAUACAUGAAGCGUGACGCUACGUGUCCAAAUAAUUACUAUGCACAUUUAUUUUUUCAAGUUUUUCUGCGUUUGUUUUACGAUGUGAAGCGAAUGGCCGCAGAUACAUGUAUAUGGCUGUUUUAUCAACUUAUAUUUGGGCAGUAACGCUGUUCUCGGUCACUGGAGCUUGGGUGGAUGGUUCCUAUUACUGCAGAAGUGACUGGUGCAAUUAUAAUGAAUAUUGCUGUGGUGAUGAUAUAUGCUGUGACUAUCUCACUGGCUACUGGUAUAUUUGGCUUAUGACAGGACUUCUGCUGUCUACUCUGAUGUUAGUAUGCUGCUGGUUGCGUUACCACAGAUACCACUCCAGAGAAUCUAUUGAGUCAGCAAAAUUAGGCUACGUUCCUGUACCUGGGACUGUGAUGACAUAUGGGGAUGAGUAUUUCAUUCACCAACAGCCACGUCAGGCACCAUUGGUGCGUGAACCUCCACAGUUCAAAGCUGCAUUGGAAUAUGCAGCACAACAGCAUGAGAGUUCAAGAUAUUAUCCACCUCCUUAUAACUAUAUAGAGAGACGGACACCAAGUGCCCCACCUGAACCUAACAAAUGAAUGAACUAACUGCUGUGAUCAGUUCUGUGCAAAUGGUCAAAUGUUUUCAAUACUUAUAAUAAUGAUGAUCCCUGCUGGGAAUAAUUUUCCUAGUAGAGCCAUUCCAUGGCUUUGCCUACCUUGAAAAGUUUAGUGCAAAUUUGUAAAGUUAUUAUUGUUCCAUUUCUGUGAUAUAGCCUGGUAGUUAAUGGUUUCACUCUGUUUAUAGGGAAAUUCUCUGAAUGUCCAAAUGUUCCAAAGUCUUUGAUUUACCUGACUUGACCUUAAUGCAAUAACUACUGAUCACCACAAGACACUGGUAUCUAUCAAAGCAAAGAGUGGUUUGUGGCAAUCAGAAAUAAUAGGCUCAAGAAUAUACUUUGAUAGCACUGUGGCCAGAGAUAUGCAAUUAUUAUGUCAGUUAAUUUAAGGCUUACAGCAACCUGAAAAAAUUAGCCUGAGCCUUUAAAUUGGGAUCAAGUUGCUCUUCAUUACAGUAAUAUUGAGAAAUUAGGGAGGAA